UAAUUUGGUAAUGAAAUAGGAAUGGAAUCGGAAAACGGCAUGCAACAAAAUGGAAAAAGACAAAGAGAUCUUAGACAGUGGUCCAAGGAGGAGGAUGAAGCCCUUCUCGACAUUUUGAUUGAAGCUGUGGAUCAAGGUCAAAGACUUGAUAAUGGACAAUUCCAAGCACAUACUUUGGAAACAGCUGAGGUAAAAUUGGAGCAAAAGUUUCCUGGAUGUGGAAUUAAGGUGAAACCACACAUUGAAUCUGCAAUGAAGAGGUUAAGAACAACUUAUCAUACAAUUUAUGAUAUACUAAAUCAAAGUGGAUUUGGUUGGGACGAUGAAAAAAAAUUGAUUGAGGUUAAUGAUGAUGUGUGGAAUGAGUAUGUGAAGAGUCAUCCAAAUGCAAAAGAUUAUAGUUAUACACAAAGUAUACUUCUUGAAAAGCUUGCUCAAGCUUUUGGAAAUGAUCUCGCUACUGGUAAAGAAGCUGUUACCCCUGCCGAUGUUGUUGAGGAGAUGGAUAAAGAAGAAGAACAAGUUAGAAGAAAACAAGAGGAUAUGGAAAGUCAGCCAAUAAAAAGAAAUAGAGGAACAAACUUGAUUGCUAAUAGCAUUUCUGAACUAGGAAAGAAUCUCGGGUACUGGCUUGAAAAAAGUUCUGAAAGAUGGGCUGAAGUUGUAAAUUGUCUUGGAGUUGACAAGCAAGUAUUUGAUGAGUCUAGGGGCCUCAUAGAUGAGUUGAAGAAAAUGGAUUUGACAGAACUCGAGCGUUUUGAGGUAGCAGAGAAAAUUUUAUCCAUGCCUUAUCGUUUGCACAUAUUUUGGGGUUGUGAUGAUGUUCACCGCCUUGCAUAUGUUAAAACGUUGAUCUAGCACUUUGAUAGGAAACUAUGUCCCUUUACCAUGUCCUUUUUGUUUAUUGCUUAUGGUGUUUUUUUCAUUCUAGGGGGUUUUAUUAAUCUUG